GAGCCUGGGGUGGGUAGUGCGAGCCGGUGAGUGUACCGGCGUGCACGCCGGGGUGGGAACGAGCCGCGUGCGUCUACACCGGCCAUGAGGGGCGCGGGCGCCUGGGCCGCGCUCUGCCUGCUGCUGGCCGCCGCCGCGCAGCUCUCGCGGCAGCAGCCCCCGGAGAGACCUGUUUUCACAUGUGGCGGCAUUCUUACUGGAGAGUCUGGAUUUAUUGGCAGUGAAGGUUUUCCUGGAGUGUACCCUCCAAAUAGCAAAUGUACUUGGAAAAUCACAGUUCCUGAGGGAAAAGUAGUAGUUCUUAAUUUCCGAUUCAUAGAUCUUGAGAGUGACAACCUGUGCCGCUAUGACUUUGUGGAUGUGUACAAUGGUCACGCCAAUGGCCAGCGUAUUGGGCGCUUCUGUGGCACGUUCCGGCCUGGAGCCCUUGUGUCCAGUGGUAACAAGAUGAUGGUGCAGAUGAUUUCCGAUGCCAACACAGCUGGGAAUGGCUUCAUGGCCAUGUUCUCUGCUGCUGAACCAAAUGAAAGAGGGGAUCAGUAUUGUGGAGGACGCCUCGAAAGACCUUCUGGCUCUUUGAAAACCCCCAAUUGGCCUGACCGUGAUUACCCUGCAGGAGUCACUUGUGUGUGGCAUAUUGUAGCCCCAAAGAAUCAGCUUAUAGAAUUAAAAUUUGAGAAGUUUGAUGUUGAGCGUGAUAACUACUGCCGAUAUGAUUUUGUGGCUGUGUUUAAUGGUGGGGAAGUCAACGAUGCUAAGAGAAUUGGAAAGUAUUGUGGUGAUAGUCCACCUGCGCCAAUUGUAUCUGAGAGAAAUGAACUUCUCAUUCAGUUUUUAUCAGACUUAAGUUUAACUGCAGAUGGAUUUAUUGGUCAUUACAAAUUCAGGCCAAAAAAAUUGCCUACAACUACAGCACCACCUGUUACCACCACAUUUCCUGUAACUACAGGUCUUUCUUCUUUGAAUGAAGGUUUAAAACCCACUGUGGCCCUGUGUCAACAGAAGUGUAGACGGACGGGAACUCUGGAGAGCAAUUAUUGUUCAAGUAACUUUGUACUGGCUGGCACUGUUAUCACAACUGUCACCCGAGGUGGAAGUUUGCAUGCCACAGUCUCGAUCAUCAACAUCUAUAAAGAGGGAAAUCUGGCAAUUCAGCAGGCUGGCAAGAACAUGAGUGCCAAGGUCAUCGUGGUCUGCAAGCAGUGCCCUCUCCUCAGAAGAGGUCUAAACUAUAUCAUUAUGGGCCAAGUGGGUGAAGAUGGAAGAGGCAAAAUCAUGCCAAACAGCUUUAUCAUGAUGUUCAAGACCAAGAACCAGAAGCUCCUGGAUGCCUUGAAAAAUAAGCAAUGUUAACAGUGAACUGUGUCAAUUUAAGCUGCAUUCUGUCAUUGCCUUUGAAAGAUCUUUAUUUUUCUCUGUAGAAAAAAACCUCCUAUAUGAAACAUUGAGCAUUCAGAAAGAUUUACUCUUCACAGGAUGUAGGUCUGAGACCUCCGAUAUCACUGAUGGAAGUUCUGCGCCUGCAUGGAGAGGAGCAGAUAUACGAUAGGAAACUGAAUGUAUCGAGUGUUGACGGUUUGGAAGCAGUUUAUUUAUACAUCUCUGUAAAAGGAUAUUUUAGAAAUGAGCCGUGUGAAGAUGUAAAAAAGAGAUUUUAUAAGUGCAAUAUUUAUAGUGAUAUUUGUUUUACCUUCAAGCAUUUGCUCUGAGGUGUUAUAUUCUCUUGCAUUUUUUAAAU